AAGUGCCAACCCACAACCACAACCCCAGGGCAAUUACGCAUUUCUCUCUCCUCCCCUCUCUCUCCUGAACAAGAAGAGUAAGGGAGAUAGAGUUUGAGAGAGAUGCAGAUGGUAUCCAAGGCCUCUUGCGCCAUGGCCUCCCUCCCUUGCACUAGGGGGAGGAGUGGGUUCUGCAUAUGGCCGGGCAUGAGACAGCUUUGCCUUGGAAAGGGCCUUCUGUAUGGAUUCAUGCACCUAUUGUCGACACCGUUAAAAACUCUGCGUGGGGGAGCUAGUCGAUCGCUUAAAGUCGCUAAAUUUUGCAGUGUUGUUAAUAUGUCCCCCUCGUUACAUAUUGAAUUGGUGCCAUGUCUUAGAGAUAACUAUGCUUAUCUUUUACAUGAUGAGGAUACUGGAACAGUUGGUGUUGUUGAUCCUUCUGAAGCUGUACCUGUUAUAGAUGCUUUGAGUCGGAAAAACAGAAAUCUGACAUACAUACUGAACACACACCAUCAUCAUGAUCACACUGGUGGUAAUGCCGAGUUAAAGGCAAGGUACGGUGCAAAGGUGAUUGGUUCAGGAAUAGACAGGGAUAGAAUUCCUGGCAUUGAUAUUGCUUUGAAUGAUGGAGACAAGUGGAUGUUUGCAGGGCACGAGGUGCAGGUUAUGGAGACUCCUGGUCAUACUAGAGGUCACAUUAGCUUCUACUUUCCUCGAUCAGGGGCAAUUUUUACAGGUGAUACUCUCUUCAGCUUAUCAUGUGGAAAGUUGUUUGAAGGAACACCUGAGCAGAUGCAUUCUUCCCUUACAAAGAUCACGUCUUUGCCAGAUGACACAGAUGUAUACUGUGGUCAUGAAUAUACCUUGAGUAACUCAAAGUUCGCCUUGUCCAUAGAACCUGAGAAUGAGGCACUUCAGUCUUAUGCAGCUAAUGUCACCCAUCUUCGCAACAAGGGCAUGCCUACGGUUCCAACCAGAUUAAAACUGGAAAAGGAAUGCAAUCCUUUUCUUCGCACAUCAAGUCGAGAGAUUCGACAGUCGUUGAAUAUUCCAGACACGGCGAAUGAUGCGGAAGCCUUGGGUGUCAUACGCCAAGCAAAGGAUGCGUUUUGAUGCUUGUCAGUAUUGUUUUUUUGGGAACAAGUUUUGUUUGUAUAUUAAGAUUGACAUAACCCAAGCAUUUUGUGAAAUUAAGUACAGCUACGAUAUGUGCAUUUGCCCAUA